AUGGGUGUUAAGCGUGGAUUUCCAACCCACCAGUGCUUUUUGUGUACAUGGGAAGGUCGCAAAAGAGAUCAGCAGUACACUGAAUUUAAGUGGAAGCCGCGAACUUGCUACAAAGUAGGCGUAGAAAGUAUAGAAAAUCUACCAUUAGUGCAGCCAUCUCAAAUCAUUUUGCCAUCACUACACAUUACGCUCGGUGUUGUAUCAAAUUUUGUUAAAAAACUGGAUCGUGAGGGCGAGGCGAUUGCAAGUUUGCGCAAUAUUUUUCCGAAACUGAGCGGCGCAAAGAUUCAUGCAGGUGUUUUCAGUGGUCCGCAGAUAAAAAAAAUAGUUGCGAGUUAUGAAUUGCAUAUGGCGAAAUGGGCAUAUUAAUGUCGCUAAAGAUCCAUUUCCUUCACAAUCAUUUAGAUUGUUUCCCUGGUGAUUAAGGAGCUUGUAGCGAUGAACAUGGCGAAAGGUUCCAUCAGGACAUUGCGGCUAUUGAAAAGCGCUUUAAAGGACAAGACAUUACGCAUAUGCUUGGCGAAUACUGUUGGUCUAUUUGUCGCGAUACUGACACAAAUGCUUACAAACGCAAA